AUGGCGGGGUGGGUGUGGAGCCAGAGACCGCAGUGGGGUCAAACGGUAGACCCCAGAUCCUACAUUUGAACAUACAAAUGGAUUUUAUCAAACAAAAUUAUGCUACAUUUUUAUCUCUAAGACCCUCAGGAUGACAAAUCAGAGCAAGAUUAAUGAAUUAGUCUUACCAUCUCAGUAUGAGCCUCAAUACCAACACCAUGAACAGCCUGCAUCUGGUGCCCAAGAAGGACUCCGUGGCUAACCAGCUGGUGAGUGGAGCCUUGCAGCUGGCCAGGGACACUGCCCUCUUCCUGGAUGAGCUGCAGCUGGAGCAUGGUCAACUGGACACCUCAGGUGUCUGGAACAUCCCGGCUCUGGGGAACCUGAUUUCCUGGCAGAAGGUUGAUUAUGACUUCAACUACCACAAGGUGGAAUUCCCCUGCAAUAUUAAUGGGCUCAUCACAUCAGAGGGCAGAUCCCUGCUACCAGUGAGGACAAAGGCGUCAAAUAAAAUUUUAUUGGCCACAUCCGCAAUACCGUCUGAUAAGUAUGUGUGUGUAGUGAAAUGCUUGUGUUCCUAGCUCCAACAGUGCAGUAGUAUCUAACAAUUCACAAUACACACAUUUAAAAGUAAAAGAAUGGAAUUAAGAAAUAUAUAAAUAUUAGAUUGAGCAAUGUGUGGCAUUGACUAAAAUAUAGUAUAUACUUAUGAGAUGACUAAAGCAGUAUUUAAACAUUAAAGUGACCAGUGAUUCCAAGUCUAUGUAUAUAGGGUAGCAGCCUCUAAGUUGCAGGAGGAGUAACCGGAUGGAAGAUGGCUAGUGAUGUCUAUUUAAGUCUGAUGGCCUUGAGACUGAAAAACAGCUUCUGUCUCGUUCCCAGCUUUGAUGCACCUGUACUGACC